GCCAGAUUAGAAGGGUCUAGGAUUCCUUUGUAAGGCACAGCAAGAAAGACAAUCAGAUACAAUAUCAGGGAUCUCCUGGUAAGGCUUCUGGCUACCAUUAGUUCUGAAUACUGAGGUUUUGAUGAGAAAAAUGGCUGUGAGUUUUGAAAUGUCUUUGAGAAUUUCUUGGAUUUGUUGCCUGCUAAUUGGAGGGAUAACCUGUUAUCCUCCACCUAAAGGUAACUAUAGAUAUAUUCCCCCAAAUAAAUUAAAAGGAACCACGACUGGCCCAAAUACUUUAGGUGGAGCAACUGGAUCCCGUACCUCAGCAGCAGCAGCAGCAGCAACCCGAAAUGCCUCAGCAAGCGUCACAGCUGGGCCAAAUACCUUAGGUGAAGCAACUGGCCACGGUUUCUCGGAAGCAACUGGCCACAGUGCCUCGGCAGCGGAAGCUACUGGCCACAGUGCCUCGCAAGCGGCCCCCCGUAAUGCAGCGGAAGCGGCCACCCAUAAUGCCUCGGCAAGUGUGCUAACCGGCCCAAAUACCUUAGGUGAAGCAACUGGCCACAAUGCUUCAUCAGGCGUCACGGCUGGCCCAAAUACCUUGGGUGAAGCAUCCGACUCUCGUGCCUCAACAGCAACCCGAAAUGCCUCAGCAAGCGUCACGGCUGGGCCAAAUACCUUAGGUGAAGCAACUGGCCACGGUUCCUCGGCAGCAGAAGCAACUGGCCACAGUGCCACCCACAAUGCCUCGGCAAGUGUGGCAACUGGCCCAAAUACCUUAGGUGAAGCACCUGGCCACAAUGCUUCAUCAGGUGUCACGGCUGGCCCAAAUACCUUGGGUGAAGCAACUGGCCACGGAGCCUCGGCAGCAGAAGCAACUGGCCACAGUGCCACCCACAAUGCCUCGGAAAGCGUGGCAACUGGCCCAAAUACCUUAGGUGAAGCACCUGGCCACAAUGCUUCAUCAGGUGUCACUGCUGGCCCAAAUACCUUGGGUGAAGCAUCCGACUCCCGUGCCUCAGCAGAAGCAGCCACCCACAAUGCCUCAGCAAGCGUCACGGCUGGCCCAAAUACCUUAUGUGAAGCAACCGGCCACAGUGCCUCAAGUGCGGAAUCUGGUUCAAAUGCCUCGGCAGAAGCGACAGGCGCCCUUGCCUCGGCAGAAGCGACAGGCGCCCUUGCCUCGGCAGAAGCGACAGGCGCCCUUGCCUCGGCAGAAGCGACAGGCGCCCUUGCCUCGGCAGAAGCGACAGGCGCCCUUGCCUCGGCAGAAGCGACAGGCGCCCUUGCCCCGGCAGAAGCGACAGGCGCCCUUGCCUCGGCAGAAGCGACAGGCGCCCUUGCCUCGGCAGAAGCGACAGGCGCCCUUGCCCCGGCAGAAGCGACAGGCGCCCUUGCCUCGGCAGAAGCGACAGGCGCCCUUGCCUCGGCAGAAGCGACAGGCGCCCUUGCCUCGGCAGAAGCGACAGGCGCCCUUGCCUCGGCAGAAGCGACAGGCGCCCUUGCCUCGGCAGAAGCACAGCCUUGA